GGCUCGGGCUCGGGAGCCCGGCCGCCCGCUCCUCUCCCGCCCGGGAGAAAGUUCCGGGCCGCCGAGUGCCGUAGCCUUUUCCCUGCUCCUUCGGCCCAGUGGUUAAGAGAGGAGGGGUCCCCGCGGGCCCGGAGAGAAAGGGAAACAUUAAAGGAAAUUGAUGAUGUCUAUGAAAAAUAUAAGAAAGAAGAUGAUUCAAACCAGAAAAAACGCCUACAGCAGCAUCUCCAGAGAGCAUUAAUCAAUAGUCAAGAAUUGGGAGAUGAAAAAAUUCAGAUCGUCACACAAAUGCUCGAAUUGGUGGAAAAUCGGGCAAGACAAAUGGAAUUACAUUCACAAUGUUUCCAAGAUCCUGCUGAAAGUGAACGAGCUUCAGACAAAGCAAAGUUGGAUUCCAGCCAACCGGAAAGAUCUUCAAGAAGACCCCGUAGACAGCGAACCAGUGAAAGCCGUGAUUUAUGUCACAUGACAAAUGGGAUUGAAGACUGUGAUGAUCAGCCACCUAAAGAAAAGAAAUCCAAGUCAGCCAAGAAAAAGAAACGCUCUAAGGCCAAACAAGAAAGGGAAGCUUCACCUGUUGAGUUUGCAAUAGAUCCCAAUGAACCUACAUACUGCUUAUGUAACCAAGUGUCUUAUGGGGAAAUGAUAGGAUGUGACAAUGAACAGUGUCCAAUUGAAUGGUUUCACUUUUCAUGUGUUUCACUUACCUAUAAACCAAAGGGGAAGUGGUAUUGCCCAAAGUGCAGGGGAGAUAAUGAGAAAACAAUGGACAAAAGUACUGAAAAGACAAAAAAGGAUAGAAGAUCGAGGUAGUAAAGGCCAUCCACGUUUUAAAGGGUUAUUUGUCUUUUAUAUUAUUCGUUUACUUUCAGAAAAUGUUUUAGGGUAAAUGCAUAAGACUAUGCAAUAAUUUUUAAUCAUUAGUAUUAAUGGUGUAUUAAAAGUUGUUGUACUUUGUCUGUGACCUUAAUUUUCUGCACUGAAUUACCAAAUAUUUUAAACCAGGUAGUCUUCAGAUCACCUGAUGAAAGGAGCAGGGAAUGGGGAAAGGGUGGUGUCAACAUUAUGAAAACGUUGCAAAACAUGCCUAUUUCAUUUUCACUUAAAACUGCAAUGCUAUAUUUUGAGUAAACACAUAAGCUGGCUAGCAGUUCUGUGUGCUUAAAAAAUUAGAUAUAGUUGGAAUUUCUCUGUAAGCAUCAAAUUAUCUUGAUUAAUUUAAAAUCUGAACACUAUACUAUUCAGAGUUUCUUUUUCUCUAGCCCCAUUUAUACAAUACACUUACUCAUCUCUAGUUCUCCAGGAAUUUAAGAAACUAGAGACAAGAAGAAUUUGGGAUUCCAUGUGGAAUAAUGUGCUCUUUAUUAGAGUAUUUGCUGCUGUAUUUUCCUUAGUAGCAUUUUGAUACACUGUCAGUAGCUCAUUUGUAAAUGCCUUGCUGCUUCUUCAUAGAUACAUUUAAUCCAGUGCUUAAUAAAGGAGCUGUUUUGUGUUUUGCUUUGUUUUACUUGAAACAGUUAAGAGUAGUUAAGGUAUUAAGGAUGCCACCAUUGGCUUAUUUUGGCAAAAUUUGGGUUACGUAGUAUCAAACCUCAAGGUUGAGCAAUUAAAAAAUGCAUUUUGAUAAGUAAUAUUUUCCAUGUGAUCUACUGCUGGGAUGCUCAGCCACAGGUCUGUUGUGGGAAAAGGGAACAUACCAGUCUUUAAGUUUUGCCUUUAUGUCAAACAGUUGUUUUAAAUAAUUUUGCUAAUGAAUAUAGUUUAUUUCUGUUCCAAUCAGUGAUUAUACAUUAUUUUAAAUAAUAGUGUAUUUACCUUCUUAACUUUCUGGUAUUGGUGCUGUUUAAUGUUUUCACAUUUAAUGAACUAAUUUCAUUAUAUCAAUGCAAUUAAUAAUGUAUUUGUAAAUAGAAUUUUCCAAGAUUAGAAUAUUUUAAGGGUGAGACCCUUGAUGGAUGUAUGUCCAUGUGUUUGGAGAAAUUUUUGGUUUUGGAGCACAGAUUGACUAGUCCUUUAAAUCCAUGUGUAACAUACUUUAUAUUCCUUAUUUCUUCCUAAUCUGAUGAUCUUGAUUCUUUUUGAUUAACAUGUGAAAAAUGCUAUCUAUUUGUUUGGAGGAAAACUUUUUUUUUUUUUCUUUUCUAAUUCUCCUGUGUGACUCUUAGACAUAACAUUUCACUUCAUCUUGGUGUCAAGUCAUUCAUCUGUAAAAUGAAUUGUUUGAAAUAUUCUUCUAAGUUCUUAUGAAAUCUAUAGUAUUUGCACUGUGGUGAGGAUUUUUAUAACAAAAGUACUUGUUUUUCUCUUUAAUUUUAUACUUCAUUCUGAGAUAUGAAGACAGUUUCAAAGUGAGCUUAGAGAUGGGUAAAUAUAUAUUUGAAUAGUUUCUUCCCUGAGGAUAUUUUGAUUGACUCACUUCAUGAAUGAGAAAUGUUAGCAUGAUAAAUAAUUUAUUUUAACUUAGUUAUUAAAAUGUCCUCUUUUCUCUUGACAAAUAGAAUUUUAUUUAGCAGUUACAGCCAUGUAAUCAGAAUAGAGCUAUUUAUACCUAACCCCAUUAAAAGUACCAAUAUGUGCAAGUCCUCAAAAGCCUUCAGAUGUGAAA